ACCGUUUCUCUCUUCCAACUCUUGUGUUCUGCUUCACUCCCACCAACAAAAAUACGCACACAGCACAGGAGCAAAAAAGCAAGCAAUUGGAACAAACAAGGGUGUGGUGUCGACAUUGGAUGCAAGAGCGGGAGCAGCAGAGUGACAGGAACAAGGAGACAGAGGAAGAGGAACAGAGAGAGAGAGAGAGAGAGCGAGCCACGUGGGUGAUCAGCAGGCAAGCAGCAGGCAGGAGGCUCCCUACCUUCAACAGCAAACAAUCCAGUCAGCCAACCAGCAAGCAAGUGGACAGCAACGAACGGACCUCCGCGCCCACGUCAAAACGAGGACGAGCAAGCAAGACACCAGCAAAGAUGAUCAAGUUGUUCAAGCUGAAGGAGAAGGCCGCCGAGGAGGCUUCAAAGGAAGGCGACUCCACCUCCGCCGCACACAUUCGCGCACAGAAAGGUAUGCAUGUGGAGGACUGGAAGCCCGUGCUGAGCCUGCAGUCUGUGAUUGAUGGGCUUUCCAUCUUGCUGCUGGAGCCCAACCCUUCGGAUCCCCUGAACAAGGAUGCAGCGAGGGCGAUGAAGCAAGACUUGAACGACUUUGAGAGGACGGUGCGCAGGACGCUGAAGGGCGGGAGUGUGGACGGCAUCAAGUUCGACAAGUGCCUCUGAUCUUGUGAAGAACUUCAAACGGACAACAGACAGUCCUUGUCGUACAUGCACACUUCCCAUGGCCACUCUGGUUUCGCCUGUUGUAUCUCAAACGCGUCUCUCGUAUCGCCGCAUUGCUUAUGUCUUGAUGUUGCCCCACAUUACAACCCAACACAAUACAAUCAUCGUGCAUCUUGGAA